UGGAACUUGUGUUCCUCUUUUCUUUCUAGGGCUUAUUUCGACAAACACAACAACGUUCAGAGUAGCUUCUCCAUGUAGCUCACCUGCAUAAUUUUCCGUCCGAAUUCAGAUCAGUUUAACAAAUGGCGGCUCCACCUAAUGUUGAGCUGGAGGCAGCAAAGUUUCUUCAGAAACUUAUUCAGGAAUCUAAAGAUGAGCCUGCAAAAUUGGCUACAAAACUUUGUGUGAUAUUGCAGCACAUGAAAGCAAGUGGUAAAGAAAAUUCAAUGCCCUAUCAAGUGAUAUCAAAGGCCAUGGAGACUGUUAUAAGUCAGCACGGCAUUGAUAUUGAGGUUUUAAAGUCAUCACGUCUUCCACUGACUAGUGGAACUCACAUGGGGGAUACUUCGUCAUCACAAUUUGCAGGUUCUUCCCAGAUGCUUGGGGCUGUGAAGGAUUCUAAAGCAAGCUUGACUGAUAAUGAGAUGGGAAAGAUUGAUUCACAUGCUUCAAACAGGCCUCCUGUUGGCCCUAGCGGUGCUGGACACAAUAUUUAUCAAGGAUCUGUGUCUCAUCUGAGUAGUAAGUCCUUCGAUCAUGAAAGUCCAUCCAGUUUCGACACUAGGUCUACCAAUUCACAGUCACAAGAAAGGCGUGAUACACCAAAUUGGGAGAAAGCGAAUCAAAAGGAUAGUAAAAAAGGCAGCAGUAAGAGAAAGAGGGCUGAUUCAUCAGCAACCCAGCCACAUAUUGAUAAUCCCCAGCAAGUUGAUACUCACAACCCUAAUCCAAGGAAGGGAAAGGUGGUGAACAAGGUUGAACCACCCGAGAAGUUAUUUGUUGAAAGUGGCGAUCGUGGUCAGUCAAAUAUAGUUCAGAGUAGUGGUCAAAUGGAACACAUACCAUCAAUGUCUAGUAGCAUGACAUCAAUGCUUAGAGCCAAGCAAGAGAGUCAACAUUUAACAGAAAAGUCGUUGGAUUCAACAAACAUCUCAAAUUCAAUGUUAUGGACUACAAAUUCGAAGUACCCUGAAGAUAUAGAAGUUUCCUCUGCUCGUAAUGCUUUAGGUCUACUGCAAGGGGGGUCUAAAUCUUCAUCACAUGACAGUCUUAGUUCUAGGGGAGUAUGGAAUCAUAAUAAAAUGGGAUUACCAUUUGAAAAAUCUCAAGUUUCUAGGUUCCCUUCUACUGGUUGUGGUAACAUGACAGCAGACAUAUUGAUGCAGCAGUCCACCGGACCAUCCUCUGUAACAGGUGCGGGUGGAAAGAUUCAAGGAGCGAUGCCUGGUGCUUCUGGUUCAUAUCCCCCUUUAGAACAAGGAAUCUCAGUUCCAAUGCAUUUCGGCAGUUCUUCAUACGAUAAUCAAGGUUUGACUGCAAAGAUGCAUAAGGAAAGAAGCAUGGAAGCCUUCCCGACCACAUCUGAUAAAAAUGUAGAAGCCCAGUUCUUUUCUGCUAAUCGCGGGGAAGGAGCAUCCACAACCCUCUCCUCUGGAAAGGCCUUGGAGUAUGAAGGUGGUGUUCCAAAUACAUUGGCAAAUGAAAAUAAGAUACUUCAGGGUGGGUUCCGAAACAAUGUUGCAGACAUGAGCAUGUUCAGAAAUGCAUCUUCUAGAGAUACAGGAAAAUCACCAAUCUCCCAGGCUCCUGCUGCUUCUGGCAUGCCUUUCAAGGAACAACAUCUAAAACAGCUCAGAGCUCAGUGCCUUGUUUUUUUGGCUUUCAGGAAUGGUUUGAUGCCCAAAAAAUUGCAUCUUGAAAUUGCACUUGGAAACUUCUUUCCGAAGGAAGGUGUCAUUGGAGAUGAGCAUCGCAAAGAGCAUGUUGACCAAAAAGGAAAAGAGCAUUCUAUCAAUGAAUCAAGCAGCAUUUCUGAAGUCACAGUGCCACUUGGAAAACCAAAUAAUGCGAGGGAAGCUGAAAGAAUCCCUCCAGGUCCCUCAUCUACUGGAAUUAUCCGUGAGGUGAACUCCUCAACUAAAGAAGCAGAUAACUCUAACAUGAGGGAGGACAAAAGUUCUGAUAUGUCUGAACAAGCAGAAGAAAGGAGACAUCUGUUAGCUACAAGAAGAUAUCCUGAGGCUCAAAGGUUGACCCAGGAAAUCUCAGAUUCAAAAGCAUUUCUAAUGAAGGGAUCACAACCAGAUUCAUUAAAUGUAAGGGAUUUACCUGUUAGUAAUCACGAGGGUGAUUUGGGGAAUGGGUAUCAACAAGUGGGAAUUCCAAACCAAACUUCCUCUGUUAUGGGCAUAAGUAAGCAGAUGAAGCCUGAGACGGUUAGCUGGACUGGAAUUGGCAACCAUAAUGAGGUUUUCAAGGGAUUGCUACCUGACUCUGCUGUUUUGCAUGAGUCAGUGUCUGCAGAUAAUGUUUCAAAUCAGUCUCAAAGCCUUAAUGACUGUAAUGUUCUAGGAAAUCGGCAUGCUGAUGGUCAGUUGCCUAGUUUUCCAUUAAGAGAGCAUUGGAAGCCCGUCUUGGGAAUGGACGGUGAACAUAACACAGUGUUAACAGUAAAGGAUGCUAAUUUGUUGUCAAAGCAUGUGAUUCAAGAUGAUCCAAAGCUUUCUGAUAUAGAGAACAAAAGCAUUUCAGAUGGAUGCAAAACAGUUCCUGUUGACAACACACACAAAAAUGGCACUCCUUUUACAGACCUGGAAACGGAUCAAGAUGAGGAAGAUAUCUCAGUAUCAGCUGAUCUACCACCAUCUCCAAAGUAUACGACGUCAGAGAAGUGGAUUAUGGAUCAGCAAAAAAGGAAACUUCUCACGGAGCAAAAUUGGACACUGAAACAGCGAAAAACAGAUCAAAGAAUUGCCGUUUGUUCCGACAAGUUAAAGGAAACUGUGAGCUCAUCUGAAGAUAUCUCUGCAAAAACCAAAAGUGUCAUUGAAUUGAAAAAGCUUCAGUUGUUGGAGCUUCAACGCCGUCUCCGGAGUGAUAUUCUGAAUGAUUUUUUCAAACCAAUAACAGCUGAGAUGGAUCGCUUGAAAUCAGUCAAGAAACAUAGAAUAGGUAGGAGAUCAAAGCAACUUGAAAGGUUUGAGCAGAAAAUGAAGGAAGAACGACAAAAGAGGAUUCGUGAAAGGCAGAAGGAGUUCUUCAGUGAGAUAGAAAUUCACAAGGAAAGGCUGGACGAUGUAUUUAAGAUGAAGAGAGAACGCUGGAAAGGUUUUAAUAAAUAUGUAAGGGAGUUCCAUAAAAGGAAGGAACGGAUACAUCGUGAGAAGAUUGACAGAAUCCAGCGAGAGAAGAUUAAUCUAUUAAAAAUCAAUGAUGUCGAGGGGUAUCUUCGAAUGGUUCAGGAUGCAAAGUCAGAUCGUGUUAAACAACUUCUGAAAGAGACUGAGAAAUAUCUUCAAAAGCUAGGGUCCAAACUACAGGAAGCAAAGUCCAUUUCAAGUCACUUUGAGACUGAUAUGGAUGAGAAUCGAACUGCAAGUGUUGUUGAGAAGAAUGAGUUUUCCAUCGAGAAUGAGGACGAAACUGACCAGGCAAAGCAUUAUAUGGAAAGCAAUGAAAAGUACUAUCUGAUGGCUCAUAGUAUAAAAGAGAGCAUUGCGGAGCAGCCAACUUGUCUUGUGGGUGGAAAAUUAAGAGAGUAUCAAAUGAAUGGACUGCGGUGGUUGGUUUCUCUGUACAAUAACCAUUUAAAUGGAAUUCUGGCUGAUGAAAUGGGCCUUGGUAAAACUGUUCAGGUUAUUGCUCUAAUUUGUUACCUAAUGGAAACAAAAAAUGACAGAGGACCUUUUCUGGUUGUUGUACCAUCCUCUGUUUUACCUGGGUGGGAGACAGAAAUUAACUUCUGGGCCCCCAGUAUACACAGAAUUAUCUACUCAGGGCCUCCAGAGGAGCGGCGAAAGCUAUUCAAGGAAAGAAUUGUUCAUCAGAAAUUCAAUGUCCUGCUGACGACGUACGAGUAUUUAAUGAACAAACAUGAUAGACCAAAACUGAGCAAAAUACAUUGGCAUUACAUUAUUAUUGAUGAAGGCCAUCGCAUAAAGAAUGCUUCUUGCAAGUUGAAUGCUGAAUUAAAGCACUAUCAAAGCUCUCACAGAUUGCUGUUGACUGGAACACCCCUUCAGAACAAUCUUGAGGAAUUGUGGGCACUGCUCAACUUUUUGUUGCCCAAUAUUUUUAACUCGUCAGAGGAUUUUUCUCAAUGGUUCAACAAACCGUUUGAGAGCGGUGGUGAUAAUUCACCUGAUGAAGCCUUACUAUCUGAGGAGGAGAAUCUUCUGAUUAUAAACCGUCUUCAUCAAGUCCUGCGACCAUUUGUACUAAGGAGACUGAAGCACAAGGUUGAAAAUCAAUUGCCUGAAAAAAUUGAAAGACUUGUAAGAUGUGAAGCUUCCGCGUAUCAGAAGCUUUUGAUGAAGAGGGUUGAAGACAAUCUUGGUGCUAUUGGAGCUUCAAAGGCUCGGUCGGUUCACAACUCUGUUAUGGAGCUACGUAAUAUAUGCAAUCAUCCUUAUCUCAGCCAGCUUCAUUCGGAGGAGGUUCAUAAUUUAGUCCCUAAGCAUUAUCUGCCUAAUAUUGUGAGACUUUGUGGGAAGCUGGAGAUGCUAGAUCGUUUACUGCCCAAGCUAAAAGCAACAGGUCAUCGGGUUCUUUUUUUCUCUACGAUGACUAGGCUGCUUGACGUUAUGGAGGACUAUCUCUACUGGAAACAGUACCCGUACCUUCGCUUGGAUGGACAUACAUCUGGUGGUGAACGUGGAGCCCUAAUUGAUAAAUUCAACAAACCGGGUUCCCCUUUUUUUAUAUUUCUGCUCAGCAUUCGGGCUGGAGGCGUUGGAGUGAAUCUUCAAGCUGCUGAUACUGUAAUCAUAUUCGACACAGAUUGGAAUCCACAGGUUGAUCUUCAAGCACAGGCAAGAGCUCACAGGAUUGGCCAGAAAAAGGAUGUGCUUGUUCUUCGUUUAGAAACGGUCCAAACUGUUGAGGAACAAGUUAGAGCCUCAGCUGAGCAUAAACUGGGAGUCGCUAAUCAGAGCAUUACUGCUGGUUUCUUUGACAACAACACAAGUGCCGAAGAUCGAAGAGAGUACUUGGAGUCCCUCCUGCGGGAGUGUAAGAAAGAGGAGGCUGCUCCUGUUUUAGAUGAUGAUUCUCUGAAUUAUCUUAUUUCCCGCAGUGUGUCAGAGAUUGAUAUAUUUGAAUCAGUUGACAAGAAGAGGCGGGAGGAAGAGAUGGCAACGUGGAAAAAGUUGGUAUCAGAACAGGGGCGAGAUGGUUCCGAGCCUGUUCCUUCCAUGCCUUCCAGGCUCCUAACAGAAGAUGACUUGAAACAAUUCUAUGAAGUGAUUAAAAAAUAUGAAGCAUCAAAUGCUGGGGUGGUAUCUAAUGUGGGGAUGAAGCGGAAGGGUGGGUCUCUUGGUGGGCUUGAUACCCAACAUUAUGGAAGGGGAAAACGAGCAAGAGAGGUGCGUUCCUACGAAGAGCAAUGGACAGAAGAAGAAUUUGAAAAAUUGUGUCAAGCUGAGUCUCCUGAAUCCCCAAAAGUGAAGGAAGAAGUGCUAGAAAAGCACUUGCCAGAAGUUGCGAGUGGGUCUAUUGAAGUCUGUGUUAAAGCCGAACCACCAGCACCGCCAGAACUGCCACCACCAGAACUGCCACCACCAGAACUGCCUUCACAACCUAUUGUAGAGUUGCCAAUACCGCAAAGACAAAUGGUAACACCCCCAUCUAGACGGGGCCGUGGAAGGCCAAGGAAAGCAACUGCAGAAAUCCCUCAAUCUCCAGUGGUUCUUCCCACACCAUCUGGAGACAGCAAAAUGGAUAUGAAGUCCCAGAGUGAAACAAUUUCUAGCAGUCCACCUACACCGGCUCCUGAUUCUUUACCUAAUUCUGCUACUGUAAAAGGUAUUACUGGGACCAUCCCUCAGUUUGGUGUAUUGAUUGCUCCUAGCUCUCAGCCAACCCAGCUUCACCCUUCUAUUGAUGUUACCUCAUCAAUUACUGUUCCUUCCCCUUCCAUACCCGUGCAAGUUAAAGGACGAAGUCAGAACACCCAACGUGGAGAAAAAGUACCGCGGCGUAGGGGGAAAAAACAGAGUGUAUCACCUGCUGUUCCAGUUCUUCCAACUCCUGCAACUGGUGAACCAGAAUUGGGUUUACAGGGAGGAGCGAUUUCCAGUUUGCCAAUGGCUUCUGGACAAAAGUCUCCAAAUGGUGAAAAAACACCCCGGCGUAGGGGGAAAAAACAGAAUGCAAUAUCACCUACAAUUUCUGCUGCUCCUGGAACUAUCCAAGCGGACAUCGCUCUACACAGAGGAAACAUUUCCAGUUUAUCAAUGGCCUCUGGUCCUGGUUCUGUUGCUGGCUCUAUUAUUGUAUCUAGUGUUAGCAAGGAACAAGGUCCCGUUUCGCCUGUUCCACUUCCAGCAUCUUCUCAAACAAGCAAAUUGGAGGUAAAAAGUGAUAUCUCUGCUGAACCUGUUGGGAAUAUGAUAGAAUUGAGACAGCAAAACAAAGAAAACAGAGAAAUGGUUGAUUUAAAGCAGGAUACAAUAUCGACUGUUGUUCCAGUUCUUCCUGCUUCUGGAACUGGCAAACCAGACAUCGUUUCACAGAGGGAAACAAUUUCCAAUUCCCCAAUGGCCACUGGUCCAAAGGCCCAACGUAAAGAAAAAGCACCCCGCCGUAGGGGGAAAAAACAGGCUGUGAUGUCACCUGCUGGUCCAGUUCUUCCAGCUCCUGUAACCGGCCAAGUAGACAUUGGUUCACGCAGAGAAAAUGUUUCGGUUUUUCCAAUAGUCUCUGGUAGUGAUUCUGUUUCUGGCUCUAAUACCGUAAAUUGUCUUAGCAAGGAACAAUAUCUGGUUUCACCUGUUGCCCCAGUUCUUCCAGCAGCUUCUGCUAGGAAACAAGAUCUGGUUUCACCGGUUGCUCCAGUUCUUCCAGCAGCUUCUGGAACAAUCCAAUUGGAUGUACAAAGUGAGUCCCCUGCGGAACCUCUCAAGAAAACGGUUGAUCCAGGACAGCAUGGUAAGGAAAAGUUGGAUAUAGGAAGUACUAUGAUUGUUAUUUCUAAAGUUGACAAGUCUCUUGGCGGUGGAAAUGUUGUUGUCUCUGAUGUUGUACCUACCUCAAGUGACCUUACAACAAAGAUGUCUGAAAAUCAAUCUGGAGAAGUAGAUGCAAAAGAAAAUGUGAGCAUUGUCCCUGUUCUUGAUGAAACCCUUGUUUCAAGGCCUGAGGUAGCUGAGAAUCAAAAUUCCAAGGAAAAGUUCUCUUCAACAGCCUCUUCUUUAAAAACAACUCCUCAAAAUUUGGAGCUUCCAAUUGAGAAGUAUGAGAAUCAAUUUAAGAGAGGAAUUGAUGCAACAGUACAAGAGAGCGAGGUUCAUGUUCUCGACGAGGCACUUGUUUCAAUGCCUGGGGUGAUUAAGAAUCAAAGUUUGGAGGAAGAGGCAUUUUCAACUUUAUCAACUUCAGGAACUGCAACUCCAAUAUCAGACCUUCCGAUUGGAAAGUCUGAAAGUCAACCCGUGAGAGAAUAUUCUGCAGAAGCACAUGAGAACACUGAUCGGGAGGCCCUUGUUUCAAUACCUGAGGUGGCUGGGAAUCAAAAUUUGGAAAAGGCUUUUUCAGCUUCCUCACCAAUUCCUGUUUUGGACCUUUUAAUUGAAAAGUCUGAGAGUCAAUUUGGGAUAGAAACUGAAGCAGAAGUGCAAGACAUUGUCUCUGCUGUUGUACCUAUGUCAAGUGAUCUUCCAGCAAUGAUUUCUGAAAAUCAAUAUGGAGUAGAUGCAAAAGAGAAUGUGAAUACUGUCCCUGUUCUUGAUGAGACCCUUACUCCAAGGCCUGAGGUGGCUGAGAAUCAAAAUUCUGAGGAAAAGUUCUCUUCAACAGCCACUUCUUUAAAGACAGCAACUCAAAUUUUGGAGCUUCCAAUUGAGAAGUCUGAGAAUCAACGUAGUAGAGAAAUUGAUCCAGUACAAGAGAAUGAAGGCCAUGUCCUUGAUGAGGCAAUUGUUUCAGAGUCUGGGGUGAGUAAGAAUCAAUGUUUGGAGGUAAAGGCAUUUUCAACGUUGUCAACUUCAGGAACUGCAACCCCAAUAUUAGACCUUCCGAUUGAAAAGUCUGAAAAUCAACCUGGGAGAGAAUAUUCUGCAGAAGCACAUGAGAACCCGGAUCGAGAGGCCCUUGUUUCAAAACCUGAGUUAACUGGGAGUCAAAAUUUGGAGGAAAAGGCUUUUUCAGCUUCUUCACCAACUCCAGUUUUGGACCUUUCAAUUGAAAAGUCUGAGAGUCAAUUUGGGAUGGGAAUUCAAGGAGAAGUGCAAGAGGUUGUUUCUGAUGUUGUAUUUACGUCAUGUGACCUUCCAGCAACAAUUUCGGAAAAUCAAUAUGGAGAAGUAAAUGCCAAAGAGUGUGUGAAUACUGUCCCUGUUCUUGAUGAGACCCUUGUUUCAAGGCCUGAGGUGGCUGAGAAUCAAAAUUCUGAGGCCUCUUCUAUAAAAACAGCAACUCAAAUUUUGGAGCUUCCAGUUGAGAAGCCUGAGAAUCAAUUCAAGAGAGAAAUUGAUGCAACUGUACAAGAGAACGAAGGCGGAACUGCAACCCCAAUAUUAGACAUUCCGAUUGAAAAGUCUGAAAGUCAGCAUCAGAGAGAAUAUUCUGCAGAAGCACAAGAGGACACGGAUCACCUUCUUGACGAGGUUGCUUCAAAGUCUGUGGUGACUUUGGAGGAAAAGGCUUCUUCACCAACUCCGGUUUUGGACCUUCCAAUUGGAAAGUCUAAGAGUCAAUUUGGGAUAGGAACUGAAAAAAAAGUGCAAGACGUAUUCGCUGAUGUUGUGCCUAGGUCAAGUGAUCUUCCAGCAGAGAUGUCGGAAAAUCAAUCUGGAGAAGUAGAUGCAAAAGAGAAAGUGAACGCUGUCCCUGUUGUUGAUGAGACCCUUGUUUCAGUGCCUGAGGUGCCUGAGAAUCAAAAUUCUGAGGAAAAGUUCUCUUCUACAGCCUCUUCUUUAAAAACAGCAACUCAAAUUUUGGACUGUCCAAUUGGGAAGUCUGAGAAUCAAUUUAAGAGAGAAAGUGAUGCAACAGUACAAGAGAACGAAGGCGGAACUGCAACCCCAAUAUUAGACCUUCCAAUUGAAAAGUCCGACAGUCAACCUGUGAGAGAAUAUUCUGCAAAAGCACAAGAGAACACCGAUUGCCUUCUUGACGAGGCCCUUGUUUCAAGACCCGAGGUGACUGGGAAUCAAAAUUUGGAGGAAAAGGCUUUUUCAGCUUCUUCAUCAACUCCAGUUUUAGACCUUUCAAUUGAAAAGUCUGGAACUCAAUUUGGGAUAGGAACUGAAGCAAAAGCGCAAGACGAUGUUUCUGAUGUUGUUCCUAUGUCAAGUGACCUUCCAGAAACGAUGUCAGAAAAUCAAUUUGGAGAAGUAGAUGCAAAAGAAAAUGUGAGCAUUGCCCCUGUUCUUGAUGAGACCCUUGUUUCAAGGCCUGAUGAGGUGGCGGACAAUGAUGCAACAGUACAAGAGAACGAAGGUCAUGUUAUUGACGAGGCACUUGCUUCAGGAACUGCAACCCCAAUAUUAGACCUUCCGAUUGAGAAGUCUGCAAGUCAACCUGGGAGAGAAUGUUCUGCAGAAGCACAAGAAAACACCGGUGUCCCGUGCCCAGAUGAUGUAUUGGUGGGACAGACUUCGGCAGUUACUCCCACUGCUGGCCAAAAGGAUGAUGUUCAGUGCCCGGAAAUCCCUGCUCUUGAUGCUCCUGCCGAUGGUUCUUGCGCAGGAACUCCUAGCAUUGAGGUGGAUUCAACAUUGAGAUCUGAAGGUGCACAGGAGUCUACUACUCGUGGAACAGAGAAUCAAACUUUGCCUCCAUGUUCAUCACCUUAAAACUUUGUUACAGUUGUAUGAUUCUUACUGUGUCCCUAAUUAUUGUUUACGAUAUAUGUGCUUACAUCAUCUUCCUCUUUCCUUUCGUUUUGCUCUUGUAAAUACACAUUGAACUAGCCAUUAACCACCUUAUUACAAUAUUAAUGUUUAUACAUGGGAUGCGUAGGUUGAUUA